CUCAUGUCAUCGGAACAGUCGUCGAGCAUCAAUGGCGCACCUUGUCCUUCGAUUUUACACCGUUGCUACAGUCCUUUUCUCACUACACAGCAUUUUUUCUGCGAAUGCCUUUUUAAUCAAACGAACCCUGAGUCCUGCCUCAAAUGCAUCACUACCAGGCAAUUGGACGUACGUUGGAUGUUGGGACGAUAAUGUCAACGGCAAUGGCAGAACCUUGGCUGGCUCGAGCUAUGCGGAUGCGACUAAUAUGAAUGCAUCAGCAUGUGUUUCAUUCUGUCAGGGUAGAGGAUAUGUCUAUGCUGGCACCGAAUAUACCGACGAGUGCUACUGUGGGGAUGCACUCGUAUCUACGGCGAGCCGACAAUCAGACUCCAGCUGCUCCAUGGGAUGUGCAUAUAACGUAUCGGAAGCGUGCGGCGGUGGCAAUCUGCUCACCGUCUACUAUGCGAAUGAGCCCACUCCCCAAGGACCGUUUGUGAACCCUGGUCCUCCAGGCUGGACCUCCUUCGGAUGCUGGACAGAUGGUGGCAUCCGAAGUUUGAGCCAUUCCACGCAAGUCGAGGGCGGGAGCAGCAACAUGACCGUUGAUGCGUGUACGGCCGCCUGCGCUAGCGCAGGAUACACUCUUGCUGGUGUUGAGUACGCGGAUGAGUGCUACUGCGACGACUUCCUGUCAAGUUCUGCAAGCAACACCUCUUUGACGGACUGCAACAUGCUAUGCGCUGCCAAUAGCUCUGAGUUCUGCGGGGCAGGCAACCGCUUGAACCUUUAUGCCGCGGGAAGCGCCAUUCCAGCUGUGAAGCCAGUGUCAAAGACGCCUCCUCCACCAGCAGGAUGGGCUUCUCUGGGAUGCUUCAAUGACUCCGUCGGUGCAAGGACGCUAUCGAAUGCCCAGUACUUAGACUCCAUGACCAUCGAAGAGUGCACAAGUGCGUGCGCGAAAGCAGGGUACACCUUUGCUGGGACUGAGUACGGAGGAGAAUGCUACUGCGAUAAUGCCAUUCAGAAUUACGCAGCGUUGAAUUAUGGUGGGCCUGCUGUAGACGGUGGAGCUGGCUGUAACAUGGCAUGUGCGGGUACCGUUAAUGAGAUGUGCGGCGGACCGGACAGACUUAACGUCUAUCAGUACAACGCCUCUGCGCUUCCAGCGACGUCUACUAGCUCUUCAGCUACCGGCACAGCUACAUCUGGCAGCGACAACGAUAACAACGGUGGCAACGAUAAUGCCGGCUGCUACACGGAGGGUAACGGCGGUCGCGCAUUCUCGAAUCAAAUGCCGGACAACGAUACUAUGACGGUGGAGUCAUGCAUUCAGCAAUGCUCAGACCUGGGCUACACAAUUGCCGCAAUGGAGUAUUCACACCAGUGCUUCUGCGAUAACUACAUUCGCAACAGCCCGUCGAGAGCUCCGGAAUCUUCCUGCAGCAUGGCUUGCGCUGGCAACAAAGGUGAGAUCUGUGGUGCUGGCAGCAUCCUAAGCGUAUACACAGUAGGGAACAUGACCGCCUACAUCAAUCCGUCUACACAGAGCGGCAACCUCCCUGGACAGUGGACAUACAUGGGCUGCUUGUCGGACGCUGAUGACAACCGCUCUCUGCCGUACGAGAUCGUAUGGGAGACCAACAAUACCAACACUGCGUGCCUCGAGCAAUGCGCACUUUUUGGCUACAAUGCUGCUGGUACUGAGUAUGGCCAGCAGUGCUAUUGCGGAGAUGUUCAGAAUGUCAUCGACGCUGGCGCGACCCUGCAACCGGAGAGUGAAUGCAACAUGGUGUGCAGUGGCAAUCAAGACGGUAACGGCGGGCACAUUUGCGGCGGUCCUUCAAGGUUGUCGUACUACACCUGGAAUAGCACGAUGUACGACUGGGACUUCGCUUCUGGAGUCGCAGCUGGUGCAUACGAGUUCCUCAUUGGUGGCCCAGUCAUCCCUUUGGUCACGGCUCCAGCUCGUAAUGGCAAGGUCACGUACCUUGAGAAAUUUGGCACUUCGCCUGCCAACAACGGCACGGGAGCUUACGAGCUCGAUCUGUCACUACUUGACGACUUCACCGCUGCAUGGCGACCAAUGCACGUCAAGAGCGACAUCUUCUGCUCCGCAUCACUGACCUUGCCGGACAAGGUCGGUCGGCAGAUUAACAUCGGAGGUUGGGCAAACGAAGCGACGUAUGGCAUCCGUCUGUACUGGCCAGAUGGCAAGCCUGGUGUUGCGGGUGUUAAUGAUUGGCAAGAGAACGGUGCGGAGCUCUCGCUGCUCAAUGGUCGGUGGUAUCCCACUGCCAUGACCAUGGCGAACGGCAGCAUCCUUGUCAUGGGUGGCGAAGUUGGCUCGAACGGUGCCGCCGUGCCAACGCUGGAGGUGCUACCCAGUCCAUCUGGCGAGGUCAUUUAUUGCGACUACCUCGACCGGACGGAUAAGAACAAUCUAUACCCUUUCCUGGCCGUUCUACCCUCUGGUGGAAUCUUCGUCGGCUACGACAACGAGGCUCGCAUUCUGGAUCCGGUGUCACUACAAACAAAGCAGGUCCUCCCAAACAUGCCUGGAGCCGUCAACAACUUUCUAGGAGCCCGCACGUAUCAGUUCUCCGGCGUAAUGAUGCUUAUGCCGCAGUAUGCGCCGUACAACGACUAUCUGCGGGUAGUGAUCUGCGGUGGCUCGGUGCCUGGACCGGAAAUCGCACUCGACAAUUGCGUGUCAAUUGCGCCAGACCAGCCAAACGCCAACUGGACAAUCGAGCGCAUGCCAUCGAAGCGCAUAAUGCCAUGCAUGACUGCUUUGCCAGACGGGACAUACCUCAUCCUCAACGGCGCGCAGCAAGGUCGUGCCGGGUUCGGUCUCGCCACAGAACCGAACUACAACGCUGUGCUGUAUGACCCAAGUAAGCCGGUCAACUUCCGCAUGACGGUAAUGGCGAACACGACAGUAGCACGCCUCUACCAUUCCGAAGCUGUGUUGCUCGAUGAUGGCCGCGUACUCGUCUCCGGCUCCGAUCCGGAAGACGUGCGUGCAUUCGCACCGCAAGAGUACCGUAAUGAGGUCUUCAUGCCGCCGUAUCUUCUCUCCGGCGCACCCAGGCCGUCUUUCAACCUCUCGAAUCUCGACUGGUCGUAUGGCCAGUCAGUCACUUUCUCGAUAACGCCUCGGGCUACAGUCGACACGUCCGGCUAUCGUGUUAGCUUGCUUGGUGCCGUCUCUUCAACUCACGGCAAUUCUAUGGGUCAGCGAACAUAUUUCCCUACGACAAGGUGUUCGGGUACGAUAUGCACCGUCACCGCGCCGCCGAAUGCAAAUGUGUGUCCGCCAAGCUGGUUCCAGAUGUUUCUGCUUGAUGGCAACAAUGUCCCGUCGAAUGCGACGUGGGUGCGCAUUGGCGGUGACCCUGCCGGGCUAGGCAACUGGCCGGACCUUCCUGACUUCGACGUACCUGGCAUGGGCGCUGUUGAGGCUAUACUGUGAUUUUCGACCUUUGUUUCAGGGAGGUGUUAGUGACUCGUGCGUUCGCGGCGGUGCUAAAGGCG